GGACCUUUGGGGGGGUUAUGUUAUCCCAUAUAGAACUUUGGAAGUCCUAUUUACGAAACGUUAUCCUGCUAUUGACCUGUUUUCCUUUUCUUUGCACCACAUCCAGCUGAAACCACACCCAGAAACUUAAAAGACAUGUUUCUUCAUGCUGUAAUAGAUGUAUGGAAAAGAAACGUGUUAAAGGCAUGACUUUUUAACAGGACCCUGGAAGCUUCUGGGUGCGUUGAAUGCCAUGGAAGAAAAGUGGCACUGGCCCCAUUACCGUUAAAGUGCUGCAACUUUGAAUUCAUUUUGCUCAGAAACUGUUGGGGUUUGCUUGCACUCUAAAUUUCUGUUGCGCAGCCUCACCUGCAUGCACUGGAGAGAAGUUCGAAAUGGAGAAACCAAAGGCCGGGGGGAUGCAGAGGUCAUCUGCCUCACAUUUUAAAUCCUCAACACCAUCGGCAAAUACUCAAUCAACCAGUCGAGAACAACAGAGAUCAAUCGAGGUUUUUGAAUCAGCAGGUACUCAAAAUGUUGGACAAUCUAAUGAUACAAUUGAGGGUUCUAGUACACAAGGCCAUGUGGAAGAGGAAGGAUUAUCAAUGAAUGUCACCUCUUCUACAGGGAAGGAGGCUUUGGACAAGUGGAUGGCUUUUGGAGGAGAGGCUGCCAAAAAUUCUCAGAUCAUAAGUUUUGAUGACUCCAUAAAAAACUUGAAUGGGGCUAGCGCGGCAGAGAAAGAUUCAAAUGGACAGUCCUCUGGCAGAAUUUUAACUGAAGCUAGCAUAGCUGAAAGGACUGCAGAAUGGGGUAUUGCAGUGACGUCAGAUGUUGGAGAAGGUGGUUUCAAAGUGAUUGGUAAAACAAUAACGCCAACUGGAGAAGGUUAUCUUAACAAGAACUCAUUAGAGAAAUUUGCAAUGGACUCCGCAAGGACAUCAGAAGAACCAUAUCAUGGAUUGGAGGCCUUUCCCAGGGUGUCACAGGAGCUGAAGGAUGCUCUAGCAACUCUGCAGCAGACUUUUGUUGUAUCUGAUGCCACCAGACCAGACUGCCCUAUAAUGUUUGCCAGCAGCGGAUUUUUCAGCAUGACUGGUUAUUCGUCAAAGGAGGUCAUAGGAAGAAACUGGAAAAGUACUAGUAAUAAAAUCUCAGAGUUGAGGGUGUUGUGCAGCCGCUUUCUGCAAGGACCGGAAACAGACAGGACAGAGGUUGCCAAGAUUAGAGAUGCAGUUAAGAAUGGAAAAAGCUAUUGCGGCAGGCUCCUCAACUACAAGAAGGAUGGAAUUCCUUUCUGGAAUCUUCUCACUGUCACCCCUAUCAAAGAUGAUCAUGGAAAUACUAUCAAAUUCAUUGGAAUGCAGGUGGAGGUCAGCAAAUACACAGAAGGUAUCAAUGAAAAGGCCUUGCGGCCUAAUGGACUGUCCAAGUCGUUGAUUCGUUAUGAUGUUCGUCAGAAGGAUCAGGCUCUAGAUUCCAUCACAGAGGUUGUCCAAACUUUGAAACAUCCUCAAUCUCACACUCGGACAAUAAGUAAUGAUGCCAGUAACAAGCUUGAAGACAAGUUCAACCUUGAUUACCUUCUGCCUAAAUCUGCUGAAACUGAAAACGUUAGUACCCCUGGGAGAUGCACUCCCCGGUCAGACUUCAGUACUGGUACUCCUACACAAGAAUUUGGCAAGAAAACUAGAAAAUCAGGACGCAUUUCUUUAAUGGGGCUUAAAGGCAGGUCGCCCAGCUUUGCAGUCAAACAAGAAACAGAACCAAUUAUUGAACCAGAGGAGUUAAUGACCAGAGACAUAGAACGCACUGACAGUUGGGAACGUGAUGAAAGAGACAGGGACAUACGCCAAGGGAUAGAUCUAGCAACUACGUUGGAACGAAUUGAAAAGAAUUUUGUGAUCACAGAUCCUAGACUCCCUGAUAAUCCCAUUAUAUUUGCAUCUGAUAGCUUUCUUGAACUGACGGAAUAUACACGAGAGGAAACUUUGGGAAGGAACUGUAGGUUUCUUCAAGGACCAGAAACUGAUCAAGAAACUGUCUCGAAGAUAAGAGAUGCUAUUAGAGAACAGAGGGAAAUCACUGUUCAGUUGAUCAACUACACAAAAAGCGGCAAGAAAUUCUGGAAUUUAUUCCACUUGCAACCUAUGCGUGACCAAAAGGGUGAGCUUCAAUACUUCAUUGGUGUCCAACUUGAUGGAAGUGAUCAUGUUGAACCCCUACGUAACCGCCUGUCUGAGCAAACAGAGCUGCAUAGUACUAAGUUGGUAAAAGCCACAGCAGAAAAUGUCGAUGAAGCUGUUCGGGAACUUCCUGAUGCCAAUUUGAGACCAGAAGAUUUGUGGGCAAUCCAUUCUCAGCCUGUCUUCCCACGGCCUCACAAAAGAGAUAGUUCUUCUUGGCUAGCAAUACAGAAGAUCACUUCUCGUGGCGAAAAAAUUGGUCUACAUCAUUUUAAGCCCAUAAAACCCUUGGGCUGUGGUGAUACUGGCAGUGUUCAUCUGGUGGAACUAAAAGAUACAGGAGAAUUAUUUGCUAUGAAGGCAAUGGAGAAGUCAGUGAUGAUGAAUCGUAACAAGGUUCAUCGAGCAUGCGUUGAAAGGGAAGUCAUCUCACUUCUGGAUCAUCCUUUCCUUCCCUCAUUAUACUCUUCUUUUCAGACUCCCACACAUGUUUGUUUGAUAACAGACUUUUGCCCUGGUGGAGAGUUAUUUGCCCUGCUUGAUAAGCAGCCGAUGAAAUUUUUCAAAGAAGAAUCUGCAAGGUUCUAUGCAGCAGAGGUUGUCAUUGGUUUGGAAUAUCUUCAUUGUCUAGGAAUAAUAUACCGAGACCUGAAGCCGGAAAAUAUUCUACUCCAGAAGGACGGGCACGUUGUAUUAACCGACUUUGAUUUAUCAUUUAUGACAUCCUGUAAACCCCAAGUUUUAAAGCAUCCCUUGCCUAACAAGAGAAGGAGAUCCAGGAGUCUACCACCUCCAACAUUUGUUGCAGAACCAGCUGCACAGUCAAAUUCAUUUGUUGGAACUGAAGAAUAUAUUGCUCCAGAAAUUAUUACUGGUGCAGGACACAGUAGUGCAAUUGACUGGUGGGCUCUUGGUAUUUUGCUGUAUGAGAUGCUCUAUGGCCGUACACCUUUCAGGGGUAAAAACAGGCAGAAAACAUUCUCCAAUAUCUUGCACAAAAACCUCACCUUCCCCAGUAGCAUUCCGGUUAGUCUUCCAGCGAGACAGUUGAUUAACGCAUUGUUGAACCGGGACCCUGCCAGCCGUUUGGGGUCAGGCAGCGGUGCCAAUGAAAUCAAACAACACCCUUUCUUCCGUGGCAUAAAUUGGCCUCUAAUACGCUGCAUGAGCCCACCGCCAUUGGAGGUGCCUCUUCAAUUAAUCAAGAAAGAUACUCACACCAAAGAUGUAAAGUGGGAAGAUGAUGGAGUGCUCCUUAGUUCUGUUGACAUGGAUAUUUUCUAAAGGAUGAUGUAUAGAUUAUAGUCCACUUUUUCCAUGUUGAUGUUCGUCGACUGAGCAGGUAUACUCUUAAAAUGGAACAUAUGCAGUGCAUCAACAAACAAGAUGACUUCCUAGUGCUGUUUGCAAUGAAGCUACCUCUGCUUGAUAAGAGCCAUAAACUGGUCCCUCAUUGCCAUUUAGACUACUUUGGCUGGGUUGACUGGCGGGUACAACCAAAUUGGAUGAAAACAGUGUUGAGGGGAAGCGUCCUACCUAGAACUAGGUUGCUUGGGUCCCUCGUGUAACAGUUUAUAGUGGAGCUGUAGGUAUGAGUUUGACUCGAUGUGUUCUAAACAAAAGUUGCCAGUUUUCGAUUAAUGAAAAAGAAAAAUCGAUCAAUCUUUGUUCA